UCGCCCAUCUCUAUUUUUUCUCAAGGCCAGCACAACCAGGAGAAACCCCUCAUUCGACUCUUCCCCGCCCGUUCUUUUCCCACAACAACGGUGACAUUGCAAUCCCAAGGUGGCGCGAGUGGGCACGCGACCUCUCAUCCGCACGUCACCUCCAUUGUCUCUACAUCGGUCAAUCGACGGCCACCAUCGUGGAUCCAAUCCUCCCAUCACGGGCGGACUUUCGUUGAGGUGAAGCGGGCAUGGCAGACCACCGUGCGGCUUCGGCGUUGGCGGGGGAGGGGGUUGGGCAGCAACAGCAGCAGCAAUAUCAUGAGCAUCAGCAUCAGCGACCGCAACAACCGGGCAAGGAAAGUGGCAGCGGCGACAGCCGACCAUCCUUCACGGGGUACUGGAGAGAGGAGCAGGUGAACGAAAGGGCGGGGAGGGUGCAGUUCGUGAACGAGGGGCCGCCGCCACCGCCUCGCCAGCUACAACAUCAACCAUCUGUCUCGUCGUCGUCGUUAUCGCCGUCAUCGGCCAUGGAACCUGGGGAUACGGCGGCCGAGGGCGAUCAAGAGCGGCAGGGUUCGUGUGAGUCUUCGAUGGUUUCCUAUUUAACCUUUUUUCAAUUUUUAUUUUUUUUCAUCUUACCUUGUUGUCAUCGAUGCCACGUGGUCGCAUUCGUCCCGUCCAUCGGGCCAUCCCGUCCAUCCCCCUCUUGAGCGUUCUACCGUUGCCCACCCACCUUCUGGGCGCAUAUGCACU